UUUUCUUUCUCUUUGCACUGUGAAAAAACUGUUAGCCCUCACUUUUUUUUGGUUGACUUUUUGUUAUUUUUUCUCUCGGAGAAUCUUUUGCGUUUUGCGUUGGUUGCCGCUGGGCUCCAGCACCCGACACUGUCCGAAGCCAUGCCCGGACGGGAUCUUUCCCAGGCUGGUGACUUGAUUUGCCAACUCUGAGCCAGUGGAGCGGCGAGUGGCUACCCCCGCACCCCCACUGCCCUUUGAACACGGAAGCUGUUUCUGUAGGAUGUUAUGUCAUCACUCAGGAAGUCACUUUUCAGUUCUUCGACUGAAUUCUGCUCAGCUCUUGCUCUAAACUGCUGCAUUUGUGAGAGAGCCACUCCACGACUUCUAUCUUGGGGUCUGAUCCUGCUGCCUGAACUUCUCUGCUUCUAAUUUUUCAAGUUUGGUGAAGGCUAAAACUUCACCUUCCUAAUUUUCUGAUGAACAUGGACUUCCACACAUUUCUGUAUGGGAUUGCCGAGGAAAUAGACAGUGCCGAUCUAGCUUCUCUAAAAUUCCUCUGCUUGGAUCAGAUCCCAUUGAAGAAGCAGCAACAUAUCAAAGAUGCCCUGGUGCUCUUCCAGACACUUGAGGAAAGGGGUCUUCUGGAGGAAGACAAUCUGUUCUUCUUGAAGGAACUACUCUUCCGCAUUAAUCGUAUAGAUCUUCUCAAUGAACCCCUGAAUACUAAAGGUCCAGAGAUGGAGAGGGAACUUCAAGUGCCAAACAAAGCUCGUAUUUCCCCCUACCGGAUCCUGCUUUUUAAUCUGUCAGAAGGCGUGGGACCAUCUGAAUUGAAAUCUAUCAAAUUUAUGUUGAGCUCCAAGAUUCCCAAGUGCAAAAUAGAAGAUGAUAUGACUUUAAUGGACCUUUUCAUUGAGAUGGAGAAACGGGGAAUUCUAGGAGAGGGCAACCUGGAUGCUCUGAAAAUCGUUUGUGAUCAAAUUGAUAAGAGUCUGCUGAAGAAAAUCCAAGAGUAUGAAAUAAGCAAAGAAAGGAGCAUGGAAAGAUUUCCAGUGGAAAUCCAAGAUGUUGAAGAAACAAUGAGUCAACCUCAGGAAGUGUAUGAUUCUGCAGGAGAAAAGGGAAACGUUUACAAAAUGAGCAGCAGACCUCGGGGAUACUGCUUGAUCAUCAACAACUUUGACUUCAAAAUAUCUCGGAAAGAAAGGCCUGAGAACCAUUACCUAACAGACAGGCGUGGGACUAACAAAGAUGAAGAGGCUCUGAAAAAUAUCUUUAAGGAGCUUCAUUUUGAUAUUCAGUCCUUUCAAGAUCUCACAGCAGAGGGCAUACAACAGGUCCUAAAGACCUUCAAAGAUAAUAACCAUGAAAGCAAAGAUUGCUUUGUUUGCUGCCUCCUGUCCCAUGGAAAUAAAGGCACCAUCUAUGGCAUUGAUGGAAAAGAGGUGCCCAUCCGGGAUCUGACAUCAUAUUUCUCUGGUUCCAAUUGCCCAUCUCUUGCUGGUAAACCCAAAGUAUUCUUUAUUCAAGCUUGUCAAGGCAAGGCCACCCAGUAUGGGAUCUCCCUUGAUACAGAUUCUGAACAGCAAAGAGAAUCUCUGGAAGCAGAUAAAUCAUUUCAGAGUGAAUGCAUUCCAAAUGAGGCCGACUUCCUGCUUGGGAUGGCAACUGUAGAAAAUUAUGUCUCCUACCGAGACUCAGCUCGUGGGACCUGGUACAUACAAUCCCUUUGCAAGAAUUUGAAGGAAGGAUGUCUUCGAGGAAAUGAUAUUCUUACCAUCCUGACAGAAGUAAACUCUGAAGUAAGCCAAAAAACUGAUCCAAAGAACAACGGGAAACAGAUGCCACAACCCAAGUUCACCCUUAGAAAAAAGCUUGUCUUUCCUAUUAGCUAGAAUUGUUGGUACUACUUGAAAUUGUAGAUCUGAGAACACUAUCAGAAUCUAUUUAUUUGGUUUAAAUUUUUUCUUAUGCACGUUUAUUAAGGAGUGAAUAAAAUAUAGUGUUUUGAAGACUAUGGGAUGGAGAAGAAGAGAAAGAAAAGAAAUAAUAUAUACUUAUUGAAUAAAAGUCAUUUUUGAAAAAGACUGUGGCGGACUUCCGGUCAAGAUGGCAGCUUAGAGAAAGCUAAAGUUCAGAUCUCUGGAAAACCCUUCCCGACCGAUCUCAAACUAUAAGCUCCUAAGGCGCCGAAAUUCAAAACGGUCAACAGCACAGACCCUGGGAAUCCUCCUCCUGGACCUGGACCUGGAUCAAAAGGUACGGCCCCCCUCAAAAGCCAGAACCCAAGAUCACUCGGACCUAAGGAGUAGGAGCGCAGAGUCCAAGGCUCUGGGAAGCCGCAGCACCACCCCGUUCAGAGAGCAGGGUUCUCUGAAAUAACAGCAACCCUCAGGGCCUUCUAUCCGAGUCCCAGUGAAAGUCACUGCCCUUGGAGCUCCGGGAAGCCGCAGCCCAUCCCCCGCAAAGAGCAGGGUCAUCUGAAACAACAGCAACCCUCAGGGCGGGCAAGACAGCCUCACCAGCUGGAUCCUGCUAUCCAAGUCUCAGUGAAAGUCACUGCCCUCGGAGCUCAGGGAAGCCACUCCCCUUCCUCUGCAGAGAGCAGGGUCCUCUGAAACAACAGCAACCCUCAGGGCCCACAAAACAGCCUCACAGCCAGCUAUUCUGAAGGCAACUUCCGGAAAGCAACCCGACCCAGUCGAGGGGGCACCUUAGCAGCAGGGAAACAGAGAGAACCGGGGGAGAGUGUGGCCCCCUGGUCUGACCCUUCCAUUCCAGUUCCAGUGAAAGUCAUUGCCUUAAGACAUACUCAAUUUAACCCAGGGAAAGCUCAUAGAACCGACAAUCUGCCCAGGACUAAAGCCUCUGAACACCAGACAGAGAUAAGAAAAGCUAAUCCUCCACAUUCAGAGAUGGCAAACUCCACAGAAGCACAGAAGCCCCAAAAUCCCAAGAAAAAUAAGAAGAAAGGGGUGACUUUGGACACAUUCUAUGGAGCCAAAAUACAAAAUACAGAGGAGAUAGAAGACGAUACACAAGAAAAUGCUCCGAAACCUUCCAAAGGAAAUGGAAACUCUCCACAAACCCAUGAAGAAUUUGAAUCAGAAAUAACCAAAAAGAUGGAAGCCUUCUGGGAGGAAAAGUGGGAAAUAAUGCAAAAGAAAUUCACGCAUCUACAAAACCAGUUUGACCAAA